AUGACGUCUCUUGCCGGAAAGCCAAUCAGCCAAAAUGGACUCGGUCUGAUACGUUUGACCUGGAAAGAUGAUGUGACUCCCGACGAAAAGGCUUUCGGUAUUCUCAAGGCUGCUCUCGAUGCAGGUGUCAAUGUCUGGAAUGGGGCGGAUUUUUAUGGCACACCCGAUCACAACUUAUUGCAUCUCAUGAACCGCUAUUUCACUCGAUAUCCGGAAGACGCGGAAAAAGUUGUUCUUACUGUCAAGAGCGGUAUUGUUGGCAUGCGAACCUUCACUAUGGAUGGCUCUCCUGUUGGAGUUCGGAACUUUGUGGAUCAGACAGUGGGCGCUCUCUCAGAAAUGGUCAAAGAGGGGAAGAUUGGAGGCAUUCAGCUGAGCGAAGUCGGCUCCACUACAAUUCGGCGUGCCUCAGCAGUGGCCAGUAUUGACAUGGUCGAGGCAGAGAUCGGCCUUUGGGCAACCGAUGUCUUUGAAAAUGAUGUCGCUCAAACCAGUGCUGAAUUGGGAAUCCCAAUGGUUGCACAUACGCCUCUCGGUGCUGGCAUGCUUACUGGUCAAAUCAAAAGUCUUGAUGAUAUACCUGCGAACGAUUACCAUCAAUUCUUCCCUCGUUUCCAGCCCGAGAAUUUCAAUGCAAACCUCCAACUUAUCUCAAAGAUCAGUGAUCUGACAGCUGAGGAGAAUUGUACGUCCGCACAAUUGGCAUUGUCAUGGAUCAAGUGUCAGAGCAGCCGUGUAGACAUGCCGAUCUCUAUUCCUGUCGCAGGGCACGGUCGGAAAACAGGGUCCAGGAAAAUGCAAAGGAUGUAUCCCUAG